CUUUAUGACAUUUUCUAUUACAGGCUAUUAGUCGGGGCUCCUUUAGCUCACACGGAUCAACCAGAUGUGGAAAGAGGUGGUGCUGUCUAUAAGUGCAAUGUCGACAGUGCCGAUGCCUGUCAACAGAUUGCUUUCGAUAGAUCAGGUUCGGGUCAGAUAUUACUAAACGGCGAAAAUAAACAAACAGAUGAGAAAUCAAACCAAUGGUUUGGCGCCACCAUUCAUAGCGCUGGUGAAAAUGGAAUGAUCGUGGCAUGUGCGCCCCGUUAUGUAUAUUAUUCAACCACAUUGAAAAGGAGGGACCCCGUGGGCACCUGUUGGAUAUCCAGGGGAUCUUUUACAGGCUUUUUUGAAUAUUCUCCAUGCCGUACACAGGCCUGGGGUUAUCAUCGACAGGGCUCAUGUCAGGCCGGAUUGCAUCUAUACAUUGGAGCACCGGGCAGUUGGUACUGGCAGGGACAGGCAUUUUCGCAGGAUUUACAGGAAUCGCAGUCACUAUUCAGCACCAGAGAGUCCCCGGCUUAUGAUGACGACAGCUUUCUCGGUUAUUCAACAACUGUUGGUGAGUUCACGGGUGACAAAGACUUCGAUGUCGCCAUUGGAAUGCCUAAAGGAAGUAAUCUAACGGGAAAGGUUAUUCUGUACACAUCAACGCUCAAGAAUAUUUAUAACAUAACCGGAGACCAAAUGGGGGCAUACUUUGGCUAUAGUCUCGCUACGGCUGAUAUCGAUGGCGAUGGACUCGACGACGUGGUGAUCGGCGCUCCACUGUAUUCGCCACCAAAUGCUAAGGAUCUGAGUUAUGAAAAGGGAAGAAUUUAUAUCGCAUACCAGACCAGAGAGCAUCGAUUUAUUAUCAAAGAUGACGACCACAUCGAUGGUCUCAAAUCGAAAGCCAGGUUUGGUAUGUCUUUGGCCUCUCUGUCGGACAUUAAUAAGGAUGGCUUCGACGACAUCGCUGUUGGCGCGCCAUAUGACGGGGAAAAGGGAACGGGAGCUGUUUAUAUAUACUUGGGGUCGAGGAAGGGCUUACAACCCAAGUAUUCGCAAGUGAUUUACGCGGAAAAUAUCAACGAUCCCGGACUCAAGACAUUUGGCUUCUCGUUGUCGGGCGGACUGGAUCUCGACAACAAUCAAUAUCCAGACCUAUUGGUGGGCGCGUAUGCCUCAGACAGAGCCAUAUUCCUGAGGGCCCGACCCGUUGUCAAUGUGACGGCGAGUCUAAGUUUAGCCAAACAGAGCGUCGGCUUAGAAGACAAGGAUUGCAGUUUAGCUGACGGCUCACGAGUGCCCUGUCUUAGCAUCAAAUUGUGUCUUAAAUAUGACGGAUUGGGAGUUGAAAACCAAUUGGAUUUUGUUUAUGAGACCAAAUUGGACGCCGCGUCCCGUCGAGCGCCGCGAAUAUUCUUUCUCCACAAAGAAAGGGAAAACGAGGAGAAGAUCCGGGUUCAGCUCAACAAAGGCUCCAACUAUUGCACCAGUCGUCAGGCAUAUCUCGCUAGUAAUCUUCGGGAUAAAUUGACACCAAUUAAAGUGAAUGUGGAGUACAGUCUUAAUGAGAUGCCGAUGGAGAGGACACUGAAGCCGGUGCUCAAUCAGGCCGUCACCAGUCUAUUGACGCAACAGAUAAACAUCAGAAAGAAUUGCGGAAAAGACAACAUUUGUGUCCCAAACCUCGUCCUCUCUGUCCGACCACUAGUUUUAAUGGUUAGUCCCGUUCCCAUGAAUCAAAUGUCUAGAAUUCUGUUAUGGGGUUUGUUAUGGGUCUCAAAAGAGACACCAAAUUAUGCAAACAAUCGUUCUGGUGAUGAAUACAUAGUUGGCAGCAGAAAGAGGAUUGAAUUGGUUAUAACAGUCGUUAAUAAAGGAGAGGAUGCCUUCGAGUCGAUGCUCUAUUUAUUCAUGCCUACAGAUGUUAACUAUGUCAACAUAAACAAGACUAAAAAUAGUGACGUCGGCUGUUACGGCGCCCAACCAGACCGGACAGGUAUUAAUAACUUGGAGUGUGACAUUGGAAACCCAUUGACUGGCGGAUCUAAGUUGGAAUUCACAAUAAUUAUGGAGCCGUCGAAGCAGAUAUCGGCCACAUCUCCAGACUAUACGUUCAUAAUUGAAGUGAACAGUACUAACCCGGAACGAGCCACAGAUACCGAUGAUAACAGAGCUAUUCUGGGAAUACCGCUUAGGGUUGAAGUCAAUCUAACCAUUUACGGGUCGGAACAACGCUUUUAUUAUAUUAUCACACCAUUUGCACAACACGCCAAUCAAAACCACAAAACAUUGGUUUCAGAUCCAGACGUGUUGUCAUUCAACGCUACGGCAGAGACUUUUGUGACACCGAAACAAGUAUUAGAAGACAUUGGACGCGAGAUAAGCCAUUCAUAUACAAUACAAAACAGAGGGCCCUCGACCAUCAAAAGGGCUGACGUGACCAUUCUGUGGCCGACACGGGAUUUGAGGGGCAAUUACUUAUUAUAUCUGGUCGACCAGCCCAUCUCGUGCGGAACAACUAAUUGCACGAAAAUCAUAUGCACUGUCUAUGAGUUGGAUACAAACGAUACGGUAUUAUUCACAAUACGGUCCCGUUUUUGGAAGGAGAACAUAGAGCUCAUCAAUUUGGAGGAGUUCCAGAUCUCAUCCAAAUUAGUGGCUUUAGUCACAUCAUUGCCGUACGACGUCGAUCACAGCCUACUACUGCCAUACGUACAGACCGUCUCCACCAAAAUCUAUGUCACCGGACUUGACAGGACCGAACCCAUUCCACUCUGGAUUAUCAUAUUAGCCAUAGUCAUCGGUUUACUCAUUUUGGGCGGACUGGCCCUCGCACUCUGGAAGUUAGGCUUCUUUAAGCGCAAACGUCCGCCGAGUGAUAGCGCCGACAGAGAACCGCUUCAGUCCCGCAACGGCUAUCACUACCGCAAAGGCGACACUUCCUUA